CACACCCCCGAUUUCCUAGGGGGCGUGACGCAUGCACACGCGUCACUUCCGGUUGCAUAAUGUACACACUCUAAAGUUGUGAAGCGUUAGCUAACAGUGUGCCGAUAUGGCGGAGAAUACCUUGACAGUGACAGUUGCUUAUGGCACGACCAAACACAACAUCACUUUAACAGCACAAGAUGGACAUGAACCACUGUUAAAGGAUUUGUGUGAUGCGCUGACAGAAGCCACAGGCGUACCAGCACCAUCCCAGAAAGUCAUAUUUAAAGGGAAAUCAUUGAAGGAGAUGGAUGAGCCUCUGUCUGGCUUUGGAGUAAAGCAGGGUUGUAAAAUGAUGAUGAUUGGAAAGAGGAACAGUCCUGAGGAGGAAGCUGAACUUAAAAAGCUCAAAGACAUCGAAAAGUCAGUGGAACAAACUGCCAAGAAGCUUGAGAAGGUGGACGGUGAACUCACAGGACUGAAGAAUGGUUUUCUUGCAAAGGAGUUGCAAGCUGAGGCUCUUAAUAAACUGGACCACAGAGUGAAAAUUGCCUCUGAGCAGUUCAUGAAGAUCCUUGAGGAAAUAGAUGCACUGAGCUUGCCUGAGACUUUUAAUGACUGCAGGAUUAAGAAAAAGGGACUUGUGAAAGCUGUUCAGGGGUUCCUAGCUCAGUGUGACAAAAUUGAAGCUGGGAUAUCAGAUCACUUGGCCAAAAUUCAGACAAAAAACUUAGCCUUAGCAGAGUGAUCGUGAAUGAAGACUCCUGACAUCAGUAGUUACUGGUGCUGCUCUGUGAGCAACUGAAGAACCUCACUGAGAGCUUUGGCACUGAAGGUGGUCCUGCAGUUCCUACACCCCAUGACCUACACAUGCACCUGUCAUACGGAGAACGGGCGGCAUUUGAUUACUUAUGAGUUUAUAUUUUUCAUGAUGUGUUGAAUGGGACUGAAGAAUUUUGACCAUCUGGACCAUUCUCUUUUAACUUUGUUACCUAGCCUAAGUUUGACAGAUGUUGGAUUCAUAAUCUUUUUUUGAUCAAAGAGAAAAAAAUAAUGGUGCUGGAAGAAUGUCUUUAGGACCCAAUUAAAUGAUCUAAUUCAUCAAAUAAAUCAACAUUGUGCAGUAAAACGUUUGGAUAUAAAAAUGUGAAAUUGUUCAAAGCAAAAGAUUGUAGCUUGAUAGUCCUCGUUGUGUUUUUUUUUCAUGAUUAAAUCUCAGGGUGCUCCAAACCACUGGUGGUUGUCUCCAUCAAUUUAUGUCUCCAAUGUUGUUGUGAAGUUAUUUAGAGAAAUUAAACAUUUGAAAACAG